CGCAAUUCGUUACGCAGAACAACAUAGCUGGAUAUCUCUCGGCCAAACACUAUUGAGAGCAAAAUGCAGUCAAUAUUUUUGUGCCUGAUAAUUGUGACCUUAUGCAUGCCGAAGUGUCUUGGCAUCUCGAGUGUGCAAAUGCCGCAAGACGUAAUGCUGAAUGAUGCCCCUUCCGCACCCGGAUACAGCUUACUUCGCAAUGAUAUAACAAGGCAAAAUCUCCGUGUAGUACGGGGCCUUUCAUCUCCGUUAUUGCAUGUCCACCUUCCUAUUCAAAUGAGGGCUCAGAAGGGCCAGGUUUGUCGUGUUGAGGUAGAAGAGUGUCAACCUUUGUUAUCAAUGGUGGGGCAUUUGGAACCAAAAAAAUUCGACUGUUCGUUUGCUGAUGGGGAUGUCGUUUACUACCACGGAGGGAAUCCGCUAACCAAUCACGAUCACGUGCAGGUGACUAUAUUCUUCUUUCGUGACAACAACUCGGUGGUCCAAACGGUGGAUAUAAUGGUUGACGUGGUCGAUGAAAGCACCUACACUGGUGCGAUCUCCUGGAUUACUUCAGGGGACAGAAGUGGAGUACCCAACGGUAAUGACCCAAAGUUCAUGGAAAACUUUUCGGAGAGGAUUCAAGUGUUGGACCAACUCAACGUGUCCAGCCUGAAAGCAACCAGCAACAGCAUUGGUCCGGAUGUGCUCAGAAUUUUCUACGACCGCGAAAAGGAGGUCUGCCGUCUAUCAUUCACUAGUCCAGACUACGGGAUGGAAAACGAAGAAACAAUCUAUUCGAACGCAGGCUUACAUGCUCCAAAGCUUGGUCAGCCAUUGGCAGCGGGUAGCGCAGUCGGCGGAGUACACAGGUGGCCUCUGUUUGGUCAGAUUGUUGCUUUCAACCGAAGCACCAUAUAUGCAUUUCAUCACGAUUGCCAAGAGGCACUGAUUCAGGGAUACCGAUAUAUGCAUCGUAAAGCGAACAGCCCAGAGACAGAUUUCGUCCCCAUCGUGGUCACUAUUUGGCGUAGACAGGAGGAUGGGAGUAAACUGCUUCUCAUACGCAAAGGCAUAUUCCUUCGUGUGUUCAUCGCAAAUGGUUUGCAGUUGAUAAUGCCCGUGGUAAGGACCUUUCGUCAGGUAAAUGUGACCCACAUCGGUGGUAGUCUUUCGGUGCUUCCCCGCGACAGUAUCAGUGUGCCCCACGAUGCUGUUCCCGGCAUGGAACUUCUGGACGUGAACAUGACCAGGAUGCAGGGACCAUUACAAGCUCAGAUUGUCAAUCUGCGGGAUCCAACAAGACCGGUUACCAGUUUUCGUAUGAAUGACCUUCGAGGAGGAUUGGUCGCACUGCAACUGUUGAAUUACGCAGAGGCUCUUGUUAAGGUGUUCGUCAUCACACUUACAGUGGUGGAUCCCUUCUUCCAAGUUAGCAAACCUGUGAACCUGAAGAUUGCUACUUUCCUCCAACCAGUGGUUCAGAUGGACAUGGCAGCUGGUCCGUAUUUGCAAAGGACCCCUUCGUUCCAGGUAUUUAGCCUGCCUCUCUUCACCUACACGGGUGCAGUGAGUCUGGUUCACAAACACAACAUUCAAGUAGUUGGCUACAUUGAUGAAAGUGUCAUUACCUAUACUGUGCAGUCAUGGAGACCAAAUUUCGAUGGCAGGAUUAGUUCUGAAAACAAAAGACAAUUUGGUUCUCUCAGACUAGAUGGACGUUUCGCAGAAGGUUUGGUAUUCGGGCCACCGCAUAUCGUAGCCAUGCGUUUAACCUACGCGCACACAGGGGGCUACACACCAACGAUAGAGCGUGUGCCGUUGUCAGUGAGUGUUCCAGGUCUUACGCGACAUUUUCGAACUGCUCGUGUGCGGCGGUCAUUGGCUCCACUGAGUACUCCUCCACACCAAACUGGGAAGAACACAAUCCAUGAUGGUCAUCUCGGCAGUUUGAGUUUGCGUCGUGAACGCAACACUUUUAUGACCCGUCGUAAUCGUCGUCGCCGCAGAAGAAACGAAGAUUCAUCACCCGAAUUACAGUUAGAAUUAUCAGUCCGCAUUGUACGACUAUACAACCGGAUCCCGGAUGGAGCCCUCAGGUCGGGUGCUACCUACCGUCUCGCAGGAUCUUCCUACCUGUGUUUUACCGCGGAAGAUCUUCUGACCGCGGAGGCACUACAAGCUGUUCGAAGUGAUCUGGUCAACCUUGCAUUUACGGUCAAAGUAACUCCAAGCCUUGGGGUGCUUACUUAUCGCUCAGUCAUAACGAAGUUAAGGAAGCAUCGUCCACCUUCGGAUGCCUUUGGUUCAUCCACCGAUGCGGUUACCAGAAGUGAUGCGGAACUGGCCGUUGCACAAGAGCAGCACAUCUUAGAACAGUUUCAGGUGAGCGAAAUAACGGUGCAUGAAUUGGAAGCAGGCGACAUCUGCUACAUCAAUCAACGUCGUGAUAGAAUCACUGAUCUCAUCGGACUUAGGCAGACUGGUCGACACGACUUUCCGACCGUAUAUAUGAACCUGGAACUUCUGCCGCCAUCGAGGAUUGUUCUAUCUGAGCGUAUGGAUCCCAACGUGUUUAUGCGAGCCCGCGAAACUGCUCCACAUGUUGUAAUAACUCCGUUGCAUUUGAAUCACAUCCUUCAAUUCGCUGAUCCAUACAAUGGUUAUGCAACGAACAACCUAACAGAAGAGAGUCUUGCACCAGAUAGCGUUGUCUACCAGAUCACUGGUCCGCCUAGGUUUGCUGCUACAGACACCAGUGUGGGGGGCGUCGAAGCGACUCAUGAAGCUGGUCGACUGGUCAGCUUAAGCGCUGUGACAGCUAGUACUCACGAGGGGGACAUGAAUCUCCAACCGGGCUUGUCUACCAGCCUGCGUGAAGCAGAAGCACCGUCGGUGACCGAAUUCACACAGAAACAAAUCAAUGAUGGUGAUAUUGUCUAUGUCCCUCCUGUUUCCGAUAUUGGCAUAAUGGACAAAUUUGUCGUCGUGUAUUAUGCAGUGACCGGUCCAGGCAAUGUUCGUCUUCCAGAUCGCCAGCUUCGUGUUUUGAUUGUUGCUGAGGAUAAUCAAGCACCAAAGAUGGAGGUUCUUCAUCCACUAGACGUUGCGCGCGAUGGCGAGCUUUUGCUGAACUCCGACCUGAUUUCAAUCAGUGAUGUGGAUACUGCAUCGGACCGACUGAGUGUGCAUUUUGAACGUUUACCACGCUACGGUGAAAUUUCGUUGCUGAUGAAAGAUCCCCGAAAAUUUAACUCCACUUAUCCAGUGCCGGUAACUGAGGGACAGAGGUUAUCGGUAUCCAUGUUCAAAGCGGGACAGCUAAAGUACCGACAAACGGGAGCAAACGUUAAGUCUGAUGACUUUGUCUUGAGUGUCACCGAUGGAGUUCAACCACCACAGGCCCUACGAAUUCCGCUUCAAAUCAAGCCCAGAGUAUUACACGAACGCCGAUUAAACCAAAUUGUCAAUAAUUCCGUUAUUGUAGAGGAGAACGGAACAGUGAUUUUGCAUCCAUCCAUCUUCCCAUCUGCAAAUGACACUAAUGAAGGCCACUACGCAGGCAGCAGUGCCCCUCAAUAUUUUCUAAUUGUCUUCCCAACCAAGGGCAAUCUGAUAUUGAACAAUCGACAGAAAGUUUCUCAGUUCAGCUACGCUGAUAUUCACAAAGGACGCUUGGCGUACCGUCACGGACCGGCGGAAAUUGGUGUGGAUCCAAUGCUUGAUUUUGCAAAGAUUUGGGAUUUCAAUGAAGGGAAAACAUUCAGCUUGAAUUUUACCCUUGUUCCUGUAAAUAGUCAGCCCCCAAGGCUACACGCCGAAGCACCCGUUCAGGUGAAAGAGGGUGGGAGAGCCCUUAUCGAUCAAUACAUUCUCCAUGCCACGGACCCAGACACGGCCGAGGCAAACAUUCAACUCCAAAUUAUUCAUGCUCCCCGCUGGGGGCAUAUUGCGGUCGCAGAUAUCCCUGUUAAUACAACAUCUCCAAGGCUGGAAGGACUUAUUCCUGUGGUUGAUGGCAAUCUAACAGAGACAAUGAAUUUCAGCAUGCAAUUUCUCAAAGAUGGUCGAAUAUAUUACGUCAAUUCCCUUCACGCUGACGGUCGUGAGUCUGUGGAAGAUGUCUUCAGCGUAAGAGCUUUCGACGGCUCACUUUAUUCGUCACAAAUCGUAGAAGUAAAAGUGGCCAUUCUUCCGGUGAAUGAUGAAAUUCCCAUCGUCAGGCUUCUGCGGUAUUUCUCAGUAUCACUUGGUGCGCGUCGAAUAUUGACACCAUAUCUUUUUAGUGUGAGCGACAAGGAUGUGCCCCGUGAUAUGCUUCAAAUUCAGUUCACACAACUACCAAUAUUUGGAAAUCUAACUGUCUACUGGCAGCAUGGUGAGAAAUCUUUAAUUACUAAAACCAGUCCUCCAAUUACUGAGUCCUACUUGGGAAUGAUGAAUUUACUUUAUGUUCAAAAUGAGUCGUUAUUUUCUGCAAGUUCUCUGGAACAACCUGGGCCAAAUUCCAGUAAAUUGCUUGGCAUGGAUCGGUUCACAGUUACUGUUUCGGACGGUCAUCAUGUGAUAGAAAAACAGGCCCAUAUACUUAUUCGAUCACAUAAUAAAUACGCACCUGAGAUGACCGUUGAUCAAUCGAAUCCCGAUGGUCUAGUCUUGGAAGGUGUGCCAUGGACAAGGCUGGACAAAAAACCUGGUGGUUUGAUUAUCGCAGACCAGGAUACGUCUGAAGAUGACCUUAUCAUUACAAUAAUUCAGGCUCCAAAACAUGGGUCAAUACAGAGGCUACCUCGUCUUGAUCGAGCGAAUGGGGUUGAGUUGUUGGACCUGAUUGAAGAUGCGUGGGAUACAGAAGAAGCAUUGGCUGCUGAUAAUGAGCAGGAACAGGCCAGAAUGGCCCUUGCAGGCAGCGUUGGAGGACCGAAAUCUCUAAAGACACUGAAGGCUGGGGACCGAUUUACAAAAAGGCAAAUGGACACAGAGCGUAUUCAUUACGUUUACACCGGAUCUUAUAAGGAAACUGAUGUAUACGAUUCCUGUUCACUUCGACUGUCCGAUGGAGAUUAUGAGGCACCCGUCACAACUCUCAGAUUUCGAAUUAGGAGAACAGCUGGUCGCGCGGGUUCUUCUUCUCUACGUUAUUCUCCAACAGAUCAAAUACAGGUACUUCGACCUGUGGAGUAUGCGGAUCAAAUUCAAACUGAGGCACACAGAAUGCAGGAUCCUACAAUGGAAAAGAUGGAAAGCAAAGCUUUUCAACAAAUGGAUGAUAGUGGAUUGGCUGAUAUGACAAGACCAGCUAUACGAAUGCCGCCACAUGAAGCAUGUGUUGAACAGCACACCUUUCUCAACUUCCGAUCUUUGGAAUUCGAGCCGCUGAAUCUCAGUGAGAACGCAAAUCAUCCGUCCGGUUUGGUCAAUUUCACCCUACACGUAACAGAAGGUUACAAUUUCUCCCAUGAGGGUCGAAUACAACCAAUGGCUUGUGGUCACUUCAUCAUGGCUGACGAACCGCUAGAUUCGGUCACCCAAUUCAGUGCAAACGAUGUGCGUGAGCUAAAAAUUGCAUUUGCAGCGAAGGGUUGCAAACCAUUCAUCGAGCAGACAGUAGAUGCUCUAUUUAUGAUUCACAUUCCAUUUACACCCAGUCCUCUCUAUGCCGUUCUCCCGAUUCGUAUUACUAAGCGGUGUCGCCGUGUUCCCGAACUGGAACGUAUCCACCCAGUUUUCAUUUUACCCGGCGCUGACAUCCCUGUGAAUUCAAAGAAUUUAUUGUUCACAGAUCAAGACACAAGCCCGGCAAACUUGGUAUUUAUCAUCAGCCGCAACGUGGGAAUCGGCUCAACACAAAAUUUUGGCAGGCUUCUAACGGAGAAGAACGAAACGGUCUACUUGUUUACCCAGUCGGAGUUGAACGCGGGUCAAGUUAUAUUCAGUUCGGAUACAAAUGUGAUAUGGAGAAAUGGUGACCGACAAUUUGUGGAAUUACAUGUCUUUGAUGCCGGAGAAUUUGAUGGUGUCUUGGAGGCCGCUAGUUUGAACGGUCUUGUGGGACGAGCGUUCAAAGUUUUGCAACAGCAUGGGACGGCUGAAGCAAAUCCAUUCAAUGAACGUAUGCAGUAUAUUGCAGAUAGGAUUUCUCGUACUCUAUCUAUCAAGCCAGUUCGUUUGGAAAUCGCACCAGCAUCCAUUCAAGCGGUUAGGAGGUCUGAUUCAAAGUACGCUUUGUUAAUCCGCAGAGCCCCUGCGCCGCACACCUUGGGAACGAUUAAACCUGGACGAGUUGGAUUCCGUCUCAAUGCAAUGAAUUUGUAUGCAGAACAGCCAGAUGCCACCUACAGAUUGAUUCAGUUGCGUGGAAAUCGCGGAGAAUUCUUCAAUCUGCGGACAAAUCAUUCAGUCAGCACAUUUUCACAAGAGGAUUUGAACAGAAGAAGAAUAGCAUUCAUCCUGUUCGACACACCGAAAAAACGGACCUUGGAUGCAGGAAGGGAAAGGGGUACUAAACAGCUCCAGGAAACCAGCGUGGACAUCGACUUUGAAAUAAUCGAUCCUAAUGCGCGUCUGACACAAGCACAUGAGAGUCUAAGGCUGGAAUGGAUGCGCAUUGGAUUUCAAAGACGAUCUUAUCGGGUGUGUGAGGAUCGUGGGUUGCUCCGACUUGGCGUACAGCGUUAUGGAGCAUCCGAAGCUAUACAAAACGUUACCACGGAUGCCUACGUCGGUUUAACUUCCCAAACUGCCGUAGAAGGUCAGGAUUUCAGUCUUCACUCACAAAAACUUUUAACAUUUCGGUUGGGUGAAACACGCAAAUUUGUUUACAUUCGCCUACAUCCUCGAACGAACGGUCAAACAGAAAAACGGGAAUUUUUCGUGGAUUUGAAAUCACCCAGCGGUGCAAUGCUUGACUGGAAUAGACGAGCAUAUGUGGUCAUCAGGGCAAAUUCCAACUGCAAAGAUCGCGCAUACUUUAGUCCACAGCAUCGAGAGAAUCCAACCAGACGUGAUACAACAUAUUUAACUCAAGCAGAAUUCGGGGAAACGCAGGUGGAGAAAAUGUCUGCGGAUGAUAACGGUGUACGGAAUGCUCAUGGUUUAAGCCAUAGUGCUCGACCCCUCCAUCAAACCCGCUCUAUCAGUCUACAUGAAUGGCUGGCUAUCAACGAACUUCCUGAUUCACAGACACUCAGUGUUACAUACCAAGAAUUUCUGCACAAGAAGCAGACUAAUAGAUGCACCGAAGGCUGGCAUUUUUACGAAAACCGUUGCUACCAGUCGGCAACUGAGGGGCUUAUCAGUUGGAACCAGGCACGAAAGCAGUGCGAACUACAGGGUGCAUUUCUAACAAGCAUUAACGAUGCGAACCACCUGAAAUGGCUUCAUCAAUCGUUCAGUUUACAAAACCCAUACUGGAUAGGCCUUCAUCAACAACGACCGGGGUCGGAUUGGAUAUGGCACAAUUUUGAGCGAGCGGGUUUCCACAACUGGGAAAACGGGUCCCCUGUGGAAAUCGGCUGGACAAGGAAACGGCGAUCCCCUCGCAGACAUGCUAUAGGUCCAGUGAAGAUACUGUCAUCCGAACCUUUCAUACUGCAAUCUCCGGCUCGUCGGACGAAGCGACAAGCUCGGGUUCGUUGGGGUCCGAAGGCGUGUGUCCUGGUCAAACGUGAUAUGCUGUGGAAAAAUCAGUCUUGCAAUAAACCAAAGAGGGCAGGGUUUAUAUGCAUGCGUAACCCUGAAGUAUAAUCAGUGACCAAGAUCUAUCACGACAAGCAAUGAGGACACCAAACUGUCACAGUUAUAGUGUGUAUAUAAUCAUUCGAGAUCACUUAUGUGCUGUUGAACAUUAAACUUCUUUCCUGUUUAUGUACCGUAAUUCAGUACUGUUUAGUUGUUUGUCAAAAUGAUAUGCAUGACUUUGCCAAUGUGUUUGAUCAUGAAAGAGAUUCCAUUGAGAAUGUACGGAGUGAGACGACAGCUGCAAACACACACUCACAGUGUCUAAGAGUACCGCUUGUAUUCAGUAAGAAAAUCCCUUUUCCUUCUACACCUAUCAUAUCUAUCCAUUGUCGACAGAAUUACCCGCAGAUUUGGCAAGAUUUUCCGUAGAUUUGUCUGCAGUUUGCUCCACGAAGAGAUGCCCGGAACUUUCUCGACUUUGGCG